UUCCCCCCUGUACGCCGUUGAAAUGUUAUAUCAUUACGGUCUUCUUACUCUCACUCAUCAGUGUACUUUCCACUAAGUCAAGGAACGUUUCAUUUAUCAUAGAUACUUGAGAUUGCAUAUAUCCGACAACAUACUCUGAAUCAGGUUUAUCAACUACAUGAAGCCAUACGCCUGCACCGAACAUGACCAGGGUUUUUGGACACAGGCAGAUGUGAAUGAACACUUACGAAAGCAACAUACUAGCUUCAUUAAACGACCCGCAAGGCUAGGCAUUCCCGAUAGCCAUGGGCACCUCUGGUAUUGUUUUGGAUGCGAAAGUCAAUUUAAUGACCAUCGAAGCUACGGCUCAGAUAAAGCAAUGUUCGAUCACCUCAGGAGGAGCCAUAGCGACGUUACGUAUUCUAUCAGACGCAGGUCACGCGACGAAUUCCUCGUAUGAUAUGUUGCUAUUAUAUGGAGUAUCAUUGUUUUUGAAUGGCUUUUGCCGUUGAAGCAUGCUUCUAAAUGGUUGCAAAGUUGAUUGGGUCCUCCCGACGAAAUUCGGACUGUUUCAUCAGACUGGCAGAUGAAGCUAUUCGCAUGUCAUUUAUAUUGUCUGGUUUUCUUAUUCAGAAGCACCGAUGAGGCUGGGAACCUACUACGGGCGAGGCUCAGAAUUGUAUUAUUAAAGCGCACUGAAUUCGUCGUCAUUGUAAUAUCGAUCAAGGAUUCAUCUAUUACCCAGCGAAUUCAUUUUAAUAUAGAAAAUAAUUUGAAAACUUGUC